AUGCUCGGGAACAGCCGACAACCUCCCGAUCCGGGUUUUGCUGGAAUCUUGCUGAGAUCUCUCUCUCUCAUUGACAAACCUUGGAGCUCGCCGCCGGAUGCAACGAACGCGGAUGCUUCAAUGAUGCUCUCGACGUUCGCGAGCUUUCUUGCCCCGCUCCUCGCUGCUUUCAUUCGCGAUGAGCACUCGGUAGCAUUGACCCCUCCACCUUCAUUGCAGUUCGAGUUACGGCACCUGCAUGCGGUGUCUCCAGAAGGACGAGUCGCCGUGCGCGAUGUGCACCAUACCAGCUUAAUGGCGAGCGGAUACACUCCCCACACCGUCCAGACACAAAUUACGAAAUCUGUUCGUCCGUCAUCGUUUGCUGCAUUCUCGCGCGCACGCGCAAGGUCCAUACAAUACCGUGAGAGCGAGUCAAUAGACUGGGACGAAGAGGAGGUGCUUGCUCCAGAUGUACAGAGCCGGCUAACCUUGCUUGAGUUGGCCAAGAUGACGAACAACGCAUAUCUGACAGAACCAGGAGACUCGGGGUGGUAUAAUCUUAGUGGAGCAUGGAAUACUAGUUAUCCCUUCGGCUGGGAGCCCGACACAGACGGGUUUCGCGGGCAAAUAUUCGCAACGGAAGAUAACUCCACCGUCGUAGUGUCCAUUAAGGGCACGUCAGCGGCUUUCGUUGGCGGUGGUGGUACGACGACGAAGAAGGACAAGUUCAACGAUAAUUUACUCUUUAGUUGCUGCUGUGCGCGCAUCGACUGGACUUGGACGACAGUGUGCGAUUGCUACCGCGGCGGUUGGAAGUGUGAUCAGGAUUGUCUGGAGACAGCACUGAUCGAGGACAGCUUGUUCUAUUCUGCCGGCAUUAAUCUGUACAAUAAUUUGACGUAUCUAUACCCCGAAGCAAAUGUGUGGGCUGUCGGGCAUUCGUUGGGUGGUGCACUAGCAUCUCUCCUUGGAGUCACGUUUGGUGUACCGGCGGUGGCCUUCGAAUCUCCUGGCGAGAAGAUGGCUGCCAGGCGGCUGCAUUUGCCUUCUCCUCCUUCUGUGCAGCCCAUUGUGCACGUCUAUCACACGGCGGACCCGAUUGCAAUGGGGAUAUGUAACGGUAUACUGUCGAGUUGUGCGUUGGGAGGGUAUGCCUUGGAGAGUCGAUGUCACCUUGGUCAAUCAAUCGUGUACGAUACCGUCUCGAACUUGUCCUGGUCCGUGGACAUUCGCACACAUGGGAUCGUCAACGUCAUCGACAAUGUGCUCUCGAAACCGUGGGGACCGAGCGUAUUGGCCGGUAGAGAAGUUCCUGAACUUGCUCCAGAGGAGGAAUGUGUGGAAUGCUUCAGCUGGGAGUUCGGCGACUUUCCUCCCUCGGCUCGCCUGCAGGAUAUGUCUCAAGGGGUGGACCUACCAGGUUCCGACGAGCUUCGGGUAUGUAAUGCUGUCAGUGCAGAAGCUAUUAUGAAGUCAACACGAUAUCACGGCGAUGUAUCAUAA